GACAUAUUUCUUGCGGAAGUAAACACAAGUGUCAUCGCGUUGGUCUGGGCGAUGACAGAGCUGAUGAAAAACCCGAGAGUUAUGAAGAAAGUGCAAGAAGAGAUUAGGACAACACUCGGGGAAAAGAAGGAGAGGAUCACAGAAGAUGAUCUAAACAAGAUUCACUACUUGAAGCUCGUGGUCAAAGAGACAUUCAGGUUACACCCACCAGUUCCAAUUUUGCCACAUAGAGAGACAUUGUCUGGAGUCGCGAAGAUCCAAGGCUAUGAUAUCCCCGAGGAAGCCAUGAUCAUCAUCAACGUCUACGCGAUGGCACGCGAUCCAAACCUCUGGACAAACCCAGAUGAGUUUAAUCCCGACAGGUUUCUCGACAGUUCGAGAGAUUACAGGGGACUAGACUUUGAGCUUUUACCGUUUGGUUCUGGCCAGAAAAUCUGUCCGGAGAUGAGGAAGGCCACAGAACCGGGCAAACCAAGCCCAUCCAUGUUCAAUCCCAUGAAUGUUAGUGACAUUGCCGCCACGAACAUCGGUCUGUCAUUACCAUUAGAAGAAGACUCGCAUUGCUAA